UUCGCAUUUGAAUCAAAGCAGUCGGUUUUUUUCGCCUACCGGAAAUGGCUUCGCUCGCAACGUUUGCUGCAGCUCAACCCACCGUCGUCAGAGGACUCGCCGGAAGCUCCAUUGCCGGAACUAAGCUCCAUGUCAGGUCACCGCGUGUUGGUUUGAAGCGCUCCAACCGCAGGGCUGGCGCUGUGGUUGCAAGCUAUGGUGAGAACAGUGUGUACUUUGAUUUGGAUGACAUUGCCAACACCACUGGCCAAUGGGAUGUGUACGGAAACGAUGGACCUUCACCAUACAAUGCUCUUCAGAGCAAGUUCUUCCUAACAUUUGCGGCUCCUUUCACCAAGAGAGGGUUGUUGCUCAAAUUCUUGUUACUCGGUGGUGGCGCUUUGCUCGCUUACGUGAGCUCCCAAGCGUCGGGAGAUGUCCUACCAAUCGUCAAGGGCCCUCAACUUCCACCCAAACCCGGGCCGCGUGGAAAAAUCUAAAUUCAUUCGAUCUAAACUUGUCAGUCUAUUUACCAUGUAUGAUAUUUGAUUUUACAGCUUUGUAAGUAUUUCUUGAACCUACUUGUGACAGUGUUAAUCAGCAUCGGAUCUUCAAUCA